UGCCCCUCUCCCCCCUGGUUUGCCCCUCUCCCCCUGUGUUGCCCCUCUCUCCCGGGUGUGUAAUGGGUUUCGCGGAGGUGUUGGAGCAGGUGGGCAGUCUGGGGCGUUUCCAGUUCCUCCAUGUUCUGCUCCUCUCGCUGCCCAUCUUCAUGAUGGCGAGUCACAACCUGCUGCAGAACUUUGUGGCCUUGGUGCCCCCCCACCACUGCCGUGCCCCCCCGCCCCCCUCCCCCUCCCCCGCCCCCGCCCCCCUCGACCUGCUCCCUGCCCUCCUGCCCUUCGACCCCCAGGGCCGGCCCGAGCGCUGCCGCAGGUACGCCCAGCCGCAGUGGCACCUCCUGGACUGGAACCAGAGCCAGAGCCUCCAGUACUGGACCGGAGCAGGGGCCUCACCUCAGAACCAGAGCCUCCAGUACUGGACCGGAGCAGGGGCCUCACCUCAGAAUGAGUCCCAGGCGGAGCUGCAGGGCUGUGGGGACGGCUGGGAGUACCAGAACUCUGAAAGGAGCUCCACUGUCAUCUCUGAGUGGGACCUGGUGUGUGAACACCGCUCUCUGAAGCAGAUGGGUCAGACUAUUUACAUGGGCGGAGUGCUGGUGGGGUCCACAGUCUUCGGGGGUCUGUCUGACAGGUUUGGUCGCAGAGUCCUGCUGCUCUGGUCUCACUUGCAGAUGGCUGUUGCCGGUACCUGCGCUGCCUUCUCUCCCUCCUUCCCCUGGUUCUGCUUCUUCAGGUUCCUCACUGGGAUGGCUCUGUCUGGGAUCAUCCUCAACUCCUUCUCCCUGAUCGUGGAAUGGAUUCCCACUCGCGUGCGCACGGUCGUUGGCACGGGAACAGGGUACUGCUACACGCUGGGUCAGCUGAUCCUGGCUGGCCUGGCAUACUGGAUCCGAGACUGGCGCUGGCUCACCCUGGCCGUGUCGCUGCCUUUCUACCUCUCCUUCCUGUACAGCUGGUGGUUUCCGGAGUCUGCGCGCUGGCUGGUGCUCAAUGGCAAGACUGACUCAGCUGUCAAUCAGUUGCAGAGAGUGGCGCGGAUCAACGGGAGGGCAGAGGAGGGAAAAAAAAUCAACACAGAGACGCUCAGGUGCUCCAUGCAGAAGGAGAUUUCCUCUCUCAAGUCUUCCUACAGCCCUCUGGACCUGGUGAGAACCCCGGCUCUGAGGAGGAUCACCUGCUGCCUCAUCUUCGUGUGGUUCUCCACGAGUUUUGCGUACUACGGGCUCUCGAUGGACCUGCAGAAGUUCGGGGUCGAUAUUUACAUGAUCCAGGUGAUCUUCGGCGCCGUUGACAUUCCCGCCAAAUUGGUCUCCAACAUGGUCAUGAGCCUGGCCGGCCGCAGAGUGACCCAGAGCGGCUCGCUCAUCCUGUCCGGAGUGACCAUACUGACCAACAUCUUCAUCCCGCACGAUUUUCAGAAAGUGCGCACGGCUGUGGCUGUGUUUGGAAAGGGCUGCCUGGCGUCUUCAUUCAUGUGCUGCUACCUCUACUCAGGAGAGCUGUACCCCACCCUGAUCAGACAGAAUGGAAUGGGUCUGGUCUCCACGAUGGCUCGUCUGGGUGCGAUGGUGGCCCCCCUCGUCCUGUUGACGGGUGAAUUUGUCUCUUUCCUCCCCAUGCUGAUCUAUGGGGGAGCCCCCAUGAUUUCGGGGGUCAUCGCUGUGUUCCUGCCUGAAACACUCAACGUCCCGCUGCCGGACACCAUCGAGGAGGUGGAGCUGAGGGUCUGUGGGCCGAGCGCAGCGGAGGAGCCACCCAAGACGGAGGAGGCGUCUCUCGGGGAGGUGAACCACUCGCUGCUGAAAGAGACCCUCUGAAUACUGCACAGCCUCCCAGCUCAACACAGCUUCAUACACACAUACACAACCCAGAUACACAGCAUCACAACACACAGAUACACAGCCUCACAACACAACACACAGAUACACAACACAGAAAUACACAGCCUCCCAGCUCAAACAGCUUUAUACACAAAUACACAACACAGAUACACAGCAUCACAACACACAGAUACACAGCAUCACAACACACAGAUACACAAAUACACAACCCAGAUACACAGCAUCACAACACACAGAUACACAGCCUCACAACACAACACACAGAUACACAACACAGUUACACAGCAACACAACACACAGAUACACAAAUACACAACCCAGAUACACAGCAUCACAACACAACACACAGAUACACAACCCAGAUACACAGCCUCACAACACAACACACAGAUACACAGCCUCACAACACAACACACACAGCUUCACGGCACAGUCCACACAGAGCCCCCGCUCAGCAGCUGCACAGCCUCACAGUUUUAUUCACAGCACACUCCACACGCUGUCUUACAGCAUGAAAAAAAGACCUGCCUGCAUCGCAGACACGCUGGCACCUUUAUAUGUGAGACACGCAUUACAGAAGAAACUGCAGUACCUCAGUCACUUGAUGGAUUGAUUACCCAGCUGUUAGCCCAUACUGAUAGUAAAUUGUACAAGCCCAAUCUUAUACUGUACAAGGGCCUUUCUCAAUUCAGCGCUCUCAGUAUUGCAUUGUGUUUUUUUUAUGAGUAAGACAGAUAAGGAAAUAAAGAGUGAGCUGGUGUGUCUUCAUGAUCUUUUAUAAAACAACUGAUUUCUGCUUUGUAAAAUAAAAUCUUUUAGAUCAGGAUAAAUGCUUACAUGUGCCCAUUUGAAAUUAAAAUCCAUUUCCUGAAA